CAACCUUUGAUAGCUUCAUGUGACCUUGUGAAAGAAUAUGAAAGCCAGGCUUAGUUGUGAUAGAUCUUUCUUUGUAAUUAGUUUCUUUUCUUUACUUGUUGUGUAAUGAAGUAUAUAGCUUAUUCUAAAUUUCUCCAUAUGAUUCUGUACCCUGUGAUCAACUGCGCACUGGCUCGUGGCUCCCAGUGCUAAACAUAACCCGACGUCACCGCUAAGACAUCCACAUCUCACUCUGUCCAUUUCUUUACUUUCCCUACCUUUCCCACCAACGACACGGGACUCUUUCUUAAAAGCUCUGUACAGCGCAUUCAUCCAGCAACCGUUCUCGAACAAUGCCUGCUCGCUAACCCAAGUAUGAACUGCCAGAUAUGCCGCCAGCCUCUCAGGCUGGACGGAUCCCUCGAGGACCUCAAUCCAGCCGCCUACGAUGUGCUUGUUUCAUCUACAUCUCCCCAAACCCUCAAGAAAUCAUCUGUGACGAGCCCACCGAUUACGCAACCACAAGAGCAAGCGCGCAAGUCUCUAUACGAAACAGUCUCCAGAAAUACCGGGCCACCGACGUUCAAGCGCAACCAUGGAGGGCAUCCCCGCGAUUUCUCUAUGUCUUUCGUUUUAUUGUCAGAGUCCCAGAUGACUCAACCGAGUCAGCCUCCAGAAUCUCACGCUAUGCCAACAGCAUUGCGCCGUGCCAGCUCUGCCAGAAGUAAUGGGGAUAAUGUUGACGCGCCUGUGGGAAACGAGAUGGAUAGGGUCAACCGACUUUUCGAAAUUCUAUCUGCGCGAUCCGAUAUCGACCACCCUAUCUGUGUUGAAUGUACGGAAAUGCUUGUCGAGGGCCUACAGAAGAAGCUAGAGGUUGCUUCACGCGAAAGAGACGCCUAUGUUAAACAUCUUAAGGAGGCGAAAGCAAACAAACCAAGCGAAGAAGACAUGAAAGCUCAAGAGGAAGCGCUGAGAAAAGCUGAGCAGGAUAGAGCAACAGCUAUGGAAGAGCUGAAGAAGCUGGAGUCGGAAAAGACUUCCUUAGAUGAGGAGCUCGUAGCUCUUGAGGAGGAGUCGCGACAACUGGACAAAGAGGAGGAGAAGUUCUGGAGGGAACGAAACGAGUUUGCUACAAAGAUGGGUGAAUUCCAGGCGGAAAAGGACAGCAUCAACGCCAAGUACAGCAACGAUUCCCAGCUCCUAGAAAAGCUGCAGCGAUCUAACGUAUAUAACGACACCUUUUGUAUCAGCCACGAUGGGAGCUUUGCGACAAUUAACGGUCUUCGGCUUGGUCGUCUCUCUAACAAACCGGUAGAUUGGCCAGAAAUCAACGCCGCGUGGGGACACGCACUGCUACUCUUGGUUACCGUUGCGGACAAACUUUCCUACAGAUUCGAUGGAUAUGACCCGCAGCCUAUGGGAAGCACGUCAAGAAUCAUCCGAUACGAAGUACCAAGCCCUUCUUCCAGUCGACUAGGCAGUCGCGCUGUCAAUGCCCCCCCAAAGAAGCAUGUACUUGAGUUGUACAGCUCUGGAGAUAUGCCUCUAGGAUUAACAUUCAUGCACCGACGCUUUGAUAACGCCAUGGUUGGGUUCCUGGAGCUUGUACGACAGCUGGGCGCGUAUGUCCAUAGGCAAACAGAUGCAACUGGCACACCUCUUAGCUUGCCAUAUAAGAUUGACGGUGACAAGAUUGGCGAUGUCAGCAUCAAACUCGGCAUUGCGCAAGAUGAUGGAUGGACGAAGGCGUGCAAGCUGACAUUGACGUGUUGUAAGUUUCUGCUCGCGCACGCCAGCAACGUCACUUCCAACGCAAGAAAUGGUGGGAACUGAAUAACUCCGCCGCUAGUCGACUGAAAGAACUUGGGGUUCUCUGAUUUAGGUUCUCUUGUGUCUCCCUUAGGUACUAAAAGUGGUGGAGUUUAGGACAAGCUGGAUGGCGUUAUAGGGUGGAAAUUGAGCAUAGAGGCUGCGUCCCUUCUGUCGUAUAGAAUUAUUUGGCAUCAUAAAUGGCAAUGAGGUGACAGUCCUUUUUGCCUGUCUGCCUGUCUGCCUCAUUUCCAAAAAAGCGCAAAAAUUGCAAUUGUGUGUUCCAGCCCGUAUCAUACGAGAGUGGUGCCUUCUCGUCACCCAUUGCUGGCACGUCUGCUUUCUGUAUAGAGGUUCACUUUUCGCUUUGUAGGUACCUAGGAAGGCCGACGCCUUCUGAUUGUGCUUGUCCAGUACUUAGCAACAGACCAAGCUAAACCAGGAGCUUGAGCAGUCACUUAUUCUUCGUGAUUCAUGGUCUCGCUGCACUUCUCCUUUUAAACCCUCACAUCCACAACAACUCCCAACUUCUUCAACCUGAAGUAUCCUCUAUCGAGCACUCAAAAUGGGCAAAUGCGCUCAUUGUGGCAAGGAUUCAACCGUGG